CUGCUGAUCGAAAUCUCCGAGCCCUCUUCUGUGAUCACCUGGGACUUUGACGUGUGUAAAGGGGACGUCAUCUUCAACAUCUACCACUCCAGGAGGGCGCCCCAGCCCCCCAAGAGGGACGUCCAGGGGGCCCACGGCAGCAUCGUGUCGCCAGCCACCAACAACAUGCAGCUGAUUGACAGAUCCUGGAUUCUGGGGCAAGACUACAGUAUGGUGGAGACAGCACUCACCUGCAAGGAGGGAGAGAGUGUUCAGGGCUCCCAUGUGACGCGGUGGCCCGGGUUCUACAUCCUCCAAUGGCGGUUCCACUGCUCCCCGGCCUGCUCUACCUCCAGCCUGCCCCGGGUGGAUGACGUGCUGGCCUCCCUGCAGGUCUCCUCCCACAAGUGUAAGGUCAUGUUCUACACCGAGGUGCUGGGCUCCGAAGACUUCAGGGGCUCUAUGACCAGUCUGGAAUCCAGUCACAGUGGCUUCUCCCAGCUGAGUGCCACCACCACCACCUCUAGCCAAUCACAGUCCAGCUCCACCGUAUCAAGAAAAACCAGUGCUGUACCAACACCUGCCAAUGAGGACUUAACCUUACCCAGGGGGAUGAGAGAAGUGUUAUGAACUGUAUGGAACAAGGAUCGCCUAUCCUUAAUGCCAUGUGGUGGAACACUGGAGUUCCUAGUACUUGCAUUUAAAGAACUGGAAUAUAUUAUUAAAAUAUACAUGUACAUUUUUAAUCUGUAUCUAUAAUUAGUGACAUUAAGAUUGCUCUGGAAGUGGAACGUCUGCUAUAUGAGCAUCUGCUGAAUGAAUAAAUGCAUAUGGAGAUGUCUUGCAAACCAUCAUCAUCCUCUUCUUUCUUUCAAUACCAUUAUUCUUUCUUAUUUUAAGGGAAGUGACACAAAUGUUUCCCAUUUUAUUGAAACUGAACAAUAAAGCACUUCCUAUUUUCAGCA